GAGAGAAAGACCGUCAGGAAGACAACAACCAAGAAGGCGAAAGCUGAGGGCGGUGGAGCUCAGACGUUCGACAACAAAACCGUUCAGGAAUUUAAAGAAGCCUUCGGAAUUAUGGACCAGGACAAGGACGGCAUUAUCAGCAAGAACGAUUUGAGGGAUCUCUAUGCUUCCAUAGGUCAGAUUCAACCAGACAACGUCCUAGAGGAAAUGAUAGGCGAAGCUCCUGGCCCGAUCAACUUUACAACGUUCCUGACGUUAUUCGGUGAACGACUAACAGGUACUGACCCUGAAGACAUAAUUAUUGGCGCUUUCCAGAUGUUCGACAAAAAGAAUACAGGAUACAUUACGGAAGAGCAACUCACGAAGAUCCUUACCAAUUUCAGAGGUGAAUCCUUGGACGAAACCGAGAUGAAAAACAUGUACAAGGCCGGCCCACCGAUUGCCAGUGGCAAAGUAGACUACAAAGCUUUCGCGAAGCUGAUCACGACCGGUGCACAAGAAGAACUAGCGCAGGCUUAA